UUCGUCCAAGUUUGGUGAGGAAUAGUCGUUCAGUCAGAAAACAUUAAGAUGAAACUCAAAGCAGAAAGUACGUGAACACCACCUCACGUGCCUUUUCAGUUUAAUCUCCUUACGUUACGCUUUCCCAAACAGACCAUAAAAUGGCGCAGGAUGAAGCAGAACGUCCCCGGUUUAAUAAAACAGUUGUAAAUCGCAGAUAUCAUUGCAAAUUUUGUUAGCAGUAAAAGUGAAGAGCAAGCGAUGGAUCAUUCUGGUAAUUUACACCACAAACUGGUUAAUGGCGACGCUGGUUAUGUGCUCGAAGAAAUUCCUCACUUCAUUGAUUACAUUCCUUCUCUCCCUACUUAUCCCAAUCCGUUACAGUCCAAUCCAGCUUAUUCAGCAGUUACGCAGUACUUUGUUAAUGUGGAUGAUACAAUUGCUCAAAAGAUUGUUGUUCAUAAAGAUGAUCCAAGAGGGACACAUUUCCUGCGUGCUGGACCUCGCCAAAAGGUGUAUUUUAAAUCAGAUGAAGUACAUGCCUGUAUUGUAACAUGUGGCGGCCUUUGUCCUGGGCUCAACACUGUGAUCCGAGAAAUUGUCUGUGGUCUUCAUCACAUGUACGGUGUCAAAAAAAUCGUUGGGGUAGACGGAGGAUAUAGGGGUUUCUAUUGCAAAGAUACGAUUGAUUUAACACCUAAGGUUGUUAAUGACAUCCAUAAGCGUGGUGGUACCAUCCUUGGAACAUCACGAGGGGGCCAUGAUACCUCAAAGAUAGUUGAUAGUAUUCAAGAUCGUGGGAUUAAUCAGGUUUACAUAAUUGGAGGAGAUGGAACUCAAAAAGGAGCAGCUGCUAUUUACGAGGAACUUAGGCGCCGUGGACUCAAAAUUGCAGUUGUUGGAAUCCCAAAAACUAUUGACAACGAUAUUCCGGUUAUUGAUAGGUCCUUUGGUUUUGAUACUGCGGUUGAGGAGGCUCAACGUGCCAUUAAUGCAGCACAUGUUGAAGCUGAAAGUAUAGAGAAUGGCAUUGGAGUUGUGAAGCUCAUGGGACGCUAUAGUGGUUUCAUUGCGAUGUAUGCUACCCUUGCCAGCCGAGAUGUAGACUGUUGUUUGAUUCCAGAGUCACCCUUCUAUCUUGAGGGGCAUGGUGGACUUUAUGAAUUUAUUGAAAAACGACUCAAAGAAAAUGGGCACAUGGUUAUUGUUAUAGCGGAAGGAGCAGGACAGGAUCUUCUUUCAGAGAGUUUGCAGUCCACAGUCCAGCAAGAUGCUUCAGGAAACAAGCUUCUCCAAGAUGUCGGGCUAUGGAUAUCUCAGAAGAUCAAGCACCAUUUUAAAAGCCAACAUAAGAUGGCCAUUACUUUGAAAUAUAUAGACCCUACAUAUAUGAUCCGGGCUAUUCCAAGCAAUGCAUCUGACAAUGUGUACUGCACUCUCCUUGCACAGAGUGCAGUACAUGGAGCAAUGGCAGGGUAUACAGGCUUCACAGUUGGUCUUGUCAAUGGCAGACAAUCAUACAUUCCUUUCAAUCGAAUCACUGAGAAGCACAAGCAGGUUGUCAUUACUGACAGGAUGUGGGCAAGACUGCUUUCUUCUACCAACCAGCCAAGCUUCUUGAAAGAAGUUCACUGAAUUCAAGAAAGAGGGACAACUUUCAUGUCAAUUGUUGGACGACAGAAUUUGCGAAAAUAACAAAUCUGAGCCAAAAACAUAGGUAAAUGACAUGGGAGCUGUAUUCCUUACUGUUCUGCAGAUUUCAUUCUUAUAGAGUUAGUAGCCACUUGAUAGAAAUGUGGACUGACUAUUAUUAGUAGUUUGAGAGUUAUAUGUAGAUUGACUUUUCUCUUCUCAAAACAAAGUGUGGAGAGCAAGUAUUUUUCAAAAGAGUGAUUCACAUUUUCGCGCCCAA